AUGGGAGUCGCCGUUCGGCCAUUCAAGGUCCCCAUUCGCAGAAGGACGCCGGCCGUUGUUCUUUUUUCUUGUAUUUUCCUACUACUACUUGCGCUCGGCGCCUUCGAGCGGUCAGAAUCUCGAUUGCAAUAUGCGCUGCCGCUCGGAUUAGAAGCUGCUCUGCCCGAGAAGUUGCGAGUUCCUAAACCAUGUCGACCGGAUCUCGACUAUUUACGGCGCUCCGAAUACAACCUCACCAGACAUGUUGUCUACCAAAAGCGAUGUAUUCAUGCCCGACGAAACGCCGCGAUAUCUAGAGACAUCAUUGCCAGCGACCCCAAGCCGCUGAUUCAAGCUGACAGUAACCAUGUUGUCGACUUAAACCGUGCCUGUGCUGGUGCAGGCCCGGUCGACGCAGCUUGCGACCCAAUUACUGUCCAAGUGCCGCUUCAAUUUCCACGACGAGACUACUCAGAGUUCAUUUUCGGUGUCGCAUCGUCAUCAGAACGGCUAAGGGACUCGAUUCCCCAGUUCCAGCAUUGGCUAGGAAACACAAAGGCAAGGCUUCUUGCUAUUGUAACCGACGCAGAAUUCUCCAAGCGACAGAUGAGGGCGUUGAGCACGCAGUAUAACCAUUCCGGAAUCCAUUUUGUCGGGACUCGACCGGCGAAUCUGUCCAUUGGCGUCAACGAGCAGCACUUUAUUGCUGUGCGUGAACUCCUCAACCACGCGGAUGCCAAGACGAAAUGGGGCGUCAUUAUCGAUGACGACACCUUCUUCCCGUCGCUUUACCCCGUCGCUCAGACGUUUGACAAGCAGGAUGCCUCGAUUCCCGCCUACGUUGGCGGACUUUCCGAGAACAGUGACGCCGUCAGCUUCCACGGACACAUGGCCUACGGCGGUGGAGGCAUCUUUUUGUCGGUACCGCUGUUGAAGCUCCUCGAACCGAAUGUGGAAGCAUGUCUCAACGAAAGUAGGAUUCGCGAGGGCGACGGCAUGCUCAGAUACUGUGUGGAGGAUAAGACGGGGACGAAUUUCACCGAGAUUAACGGUCUACACCAGCUCGAUUUCAGCGGCGACGUGAGCGGUUUUUACGAAUCCGGCAAUCUUCCCCUGAGUUUACACCACUGGAAGACAUGGCACCAAGCCCCCGUCGAUAAGAUUGCCAAAGUAGCUCAAUUCUGCGGCGGGUGUGUCCUCCAGCGAUGGCGAUUCGGCCCCGACACCAUCUUAUCAAACGGAUACAGCAUCGCCGUGUAUAAAAAGGGCACCGAGACCCUCCAGCUCAACCGCAUGGAAACGACUUGGGGCAGCGACGCAUCCUCAUGGGAAUGGAGUCUGGGUCCCAUGCGGGAAAAGGUUCCCAAAGGCGAAAAGAAGAGCUAUCUCCUGCUUGAUGCUGAGAUUGUCGGCAACAACUUACGACAGGUCUAUGUUCAUCGGGCGGCGGAUUCUGGGUUUCAACAGCUGGACCACGGCGGGAAUGCCUCGGAGGCGAAUUUGCCCAAGGACGAGGUCGUUGAGCUGUGGUGGGAUUGGAAGUGA